GUGCGCUACGCCGCCUCAUUCAAGAUUUCGUCCGUCAAAGAUGAUUGUUAAGGAGUAUCGUGUAAUUUUACCUAUGACAGUUGAAGAAUAUCAAGUUGGUCAACUGUAUUCCGUUGCUGAAGCUUCCAAAGGAGAGACAGGUGGUGGUGAUGGCGUGCAAAUAUUGGUCAACGAGCCGUUCGAUCAAACAACGUAUAAGCCUGAUCGCCCUUUAUUAAAAGGAGACCCAAGGUUCAGCACUGGGCAAUACACCCAUAAAUACUACCAUCUUGCGCACAAGGUACCAGGGUUUGUUCGUGUUAUCGCUCCUGAAAGUGCAUUCGUUUUCAACGAAUAUGCGUGGAAUGCUUAUCCCUACUGUCGAACUGUUAUCACAAAUAAUUACAUGAUGGAGAAGUUUAGUGUAACAAUUGAAUCUCUUCACGUGGACUCCUUAGUAAAUAUAGAAAAUGCUCAUCAGUUAAGUCCGGAAAAAUGGGCGGAGGUUGAAGUGAUCUACAUAGAUAUUGGUGAUAUUUCUCAGGCAGACAAAGAUUAUAACCCUAAUGAAGAUCCUACAACUUUUCGCUCUGAAAAGACUGGUCGUGGGCCCUUAAGGCCGAAAUGGUGGGAGAAUGGUUACAAAGGACCGAUUAUGUGUGCAUACAAACUUGUUUCAUGUGAAUUCAAAAUGUGGGGAAUGCAAGGACGUAUAGAGAAAAUGAUUCAACGGCAAGAACGACGCCUGUUUGCUAACUUUCAUCGCCAAGUAUUCUGUUGGAUGGAUAAAUGGCACGGUUGGACAAUGGAAGAUGUGAGAAUACAUGAAGAGCAAACUAAAAAGGAAUUGGAAGAACAACGUAUACAAGGCAGCUUACGAGGUCAUGUCACCGAAGAGUAAUAGCCAAUCUCUUUUGUAUAAUAAUAGCAAUCAUGAUUAUUAUACUCUGAACUGUCUGCUUGUCUCUUUAUUACCAUUUUCUGAUUGCCUAACCUUUACCUCCGACACUUCUUAUAGUACAAUUCAGUUCAUGUUAAGGUAAUUCUUCACAUCUCUAUUCUUUAUAUAUUCUUUGUGAAUUCAAAGGUCUCUUCUUCAUUUCCUAGUUGAUUUUGAUGUAUUUUGCCUGUUUUAUAUAUAUAUAUAUAUAUGCAUGCCAAUGUUUGGAAUUCUCUUCUUGUUAAGUGUAAUCUUCUAAAGGAAAUUGUAUUCCAUAAAAUUUGUGUCUGUAUGCAAGUGAAUACGUCUACUUGUCCUCCUCCUGGUGUACUAUUAUCAACUAUAUUAAACACAAUAACAUUUAUGAUUUGUACUUAUCAAAUUUUCUAUUUUAUUAAUACAAAUAUGUUUUCCCACUAUCUGAAUAAAUAUUAUUCAUAUACAUUAUGUUACUAGAUUUACUGUACAACAUUAUCAGUAGUAGAGUAAUAGUAGUAUUGGCAAUAAUGUUUAAAAAAUCAUGAUACUCAGUUGUCAAGCCUUAAACUUGACAAAAUGAAUUUCAAUUCAACGAACUAAACCAACUAAUCAGUCAACACCAUACUAUUACUACUACUACUCUGGAUAUUUGUUGAUCAUAACUGCUUAAUCUCUAUUUACUACUGAAAUCACAUUUUAAAAAAUAGAAAAAUAAAGAAUGGAAUUUUUAUUUCUCUCCUUAAACUUGAUUCGUUGGCGAUUCAUUUAGUUUUCUUCCCUUUUUCUAAAUCUUUGUAAUAUUUACUUAACUGUGAUUUUUCGCUCGUCUUGUUUCUCUUUUCUCCACCAACCGUUUGUACCCAUUAUUAUUAUUAUUAUUAUUAUU